GACAACGGGAAUUGGUAAAAGCGGUCUCAAAAGAACAAGACAAUAUGGUAACAAAGGAACAGUCCACACCCUACAAUACGAGACCAGAAACGAUGGAUGGGAAAAAUGACAAUCUCACCACGAGAAUUUGUAAUGAACCUGACACUAAACCAUAUUCCAACAAUUCAGAUUCUGUUAAAUGGCUAGCACGACAGGGAGAACUAUCAAUGCUGCCGGAUGAUCAAGCUAAACAUAUGGAAGAAGCAUUGGUAAAAAAACGAGCUGCCACACUAGUAAAAGCAUUAUCAAAACCAU